AGUCGGAGAGAGAGAGAGAGAGAGAGAGAGAUUGUGCGCGGGCAAGGAAAAAGCUAAAAGGUGGGAGAGCCCCCUUCAAAACUGGCGGUGAGCCCGGUGCUGCGCGACACUUGCACGGGAAAAUCGCGCGGAGAAAGGGGCCAAACGCAGAGACGCACGAGAGCCGCCAGCACGCCGAAUAGUUCGCGCUGCGUUGUGCCGAGUCGAGAGUGCGCGCGGUGUCGUUCGGUGCUGUUGUCGCGGGUCGGCCGCAUGCCAUGUCAAUGCGACAUGGCACCGUCGACGUGGUUACUGCUGCUACUGUGCUGCGUCCUCGCCGACUGCCAGGAAACGACGACGGCCGUCGCGACGGAGGCGAGCGCUCGGUCCAACAUCCUGCGCAUACCGCGCAACAGGAGCAGGCCGGCGGCGGCGGCGGCGGCGGCGGCGGCGGCGGCGGAGGCUGAGCGGGCGCCGACCGCCACGCACCGGCCGCCCAUCGAGUUCAGCAAGAACAACCCCGAGCUCGACUGGAAGUUCCAGCUGCGCAAGAUCGCCGAGCAGGAGGAGAGGACGCGCGACGAGCGGAUCGACCUGGACUUCAUGAGCGACAAGCUGGAGAAGACUGGCAACAGCAUCCAGUGGCUGAUCAACCUGUACGAUCCGCUCAGAUGGACCAAGAUACCCGGCGACGUGAGCGACCAUUGCCGUCGCGACAUGUCCGUGUUCUUGGACAACUUGAAGAAGGGCGAGUUGUGGGCUGCCAAGCUGUCGGACGCGAGUGGACGCUACUCCUCGCAGUAUCACUUUGGCAAUGGAUUCUGGUUGGGCUCGAGCGCGCUCUGCCGCGAGGUCAACGCAACUGCCAAGGCGAGCAACGACACUUCGCCGUUCCUCGUGCAGUUCUACGUUACGCGCAUGUUCCUCAUGCUGCCCACCGACAUCGAGUCCACGACUCGACAAGUGUUCAUCGGGCUGUGCUUGCCAAUCAGCUGCGAGCACGCAUCGGUGAAAUCGAUGCUGCGCGCGAGCGCCGAGCGCGUCGAGCGCCAAGGCGAAGCGACGCAUCGCGCUGGCCAGGGGCCCAAGAUCCACAUAGUCCAGGUGCGCAAGGUACCCAGUACCGACUACUCGCCGUGGAACGACCCCAAGUUCUACGCACUCGCAUGUGCGAGUGCAUUAACGCUGCUGCUGAUGAUCUGCGCGACGAUCUACGAGUACCGCACUGGGCAGUUCGCGUCCAAGGGAUGCUCGUUGUCGGUCCAGCAGGAGGCGGAAUCGCUGAGCGCCUCGAACAACAACGACCGGCCGGCCGAGUACGCCGACAAGAAUCUGGAGGAGCAGCGUGGUACCGGGCCGCGAGACCACAACGACAAGGAACUCAUCGAGAGGAUGGAAAAGGGUGGCAAAGCGCCGAAGGACGAUCUGCCGAUCGAGAGGGAUCGAGGUUUACUGGUCAGUUGUUUGCUGGCGUUCAGUCCGAUGGCCAACGGCGGCAAGAUCGUGAGCGUCGAGCCAGCGACCAAGACAAGCCUGACCUGCCUGCACGGACUGCGCGUGCUAUCCCUCGGCUGGGUCGUCAUGGUGCACACUUACCUGCAGGUCUUCUCGAUCGCAGAGAACAAGAUCCUGCGCACCGUCACCGAGAGGAACUUCAUGUUCCAAACCAUCAGCAACGCGACCUUCUCCGUCGACACGUUCUUCUUCAUCAGCGGCUUGCUGGUGACCAUUCUGUUCUACCGAUCGAUGUCGUCCGGCGGCACGUCGACCGAUAAGACCAGCUUCUUCAGGGCGAGCACGAGCAAGUUCCUUAUCAUGAUCUUCUACAGAUUCGUUCGGUUGACGCCGUCGUACCUGUUCGUGCUCGGGCUGAACUUGAUCGCCAUGAAGUACGCCAUGUCCGUGACGGUGUUCUCGCCGCAGAUCAUCGAUCACCACACGUGCGAGCAGUUCUGGUGGAGAAAUGCCCUCUACGUGAACUCCCUUUAUCCUCGCACCGAGAUGUGCAUGCUGUGGAGCUGGUACAUGGCCAACGACAUGCAGUUCUACGUGCUGGGAAUCUCGCUGCUGCUGCUGUCGGUCAGGUACUUCCGCGCGGUCGCCGCGCUGAUCGUGCUGCUGAUGGUCUCUUCCUGGUUCACCACCUUCUCCAUCGCCUACGGCAACGAUUACGUGGCCAGGAUUCAAGAGCCCUUCGCACUGUUCGACGAGCUGUACGACAAGCCGUGGCUCAGGGCCGGGCCGUAUUUCAUCGGCACGAUGACCGGCUAUCUCCUGUUCAAAACCAACUGCAGCAUAAAGAUCCCUUUGCUGCUGCGAGUGGCAGGCUGGAUCGGCUCCUCGCUGACCAUGUGCUCGCUGGUGUACGGGCUCUACCCGGAGAAUCUGAGCGUGACGACGAGCUCGCUGUACGCGAGUCUGGGUCACACCGCGUGGGCCGUCGCGGUGAGCUUCAUCGUGGUGCAGUGCUGCACCGGCGCGGCGCCGCUCAUUGACAGGCUGCUCUCGCUGAGGUUAAUCUACCCCCUGUCGAGGCUCACCUACUGCGCCUACCUCGUUCACCCCAUGAUCAUGAUGUUCACCUCCACCCAGAUGGACGGACCGCUUCAUCUGCACAACGGCCUUGUCAUGAUCGUGUACUUCGGCAACUUCUGCACCUCGUACCUCAUGGCCUUCUGCAUCUCGCUGUCGUUCGAGGCGCCGAUAGUCAAUCUGUUGAAAUUAGCGCUGUCCCCGAAGAAGCGGCGGACGAGGUAAAAACCCUCGGCGUCUCUCUUUGCGAGCAUUUGCCAGGCGGAGCAGCCGACGACGUCUCAUAAAGCGCGGCGCGCUUCAUUACACCACCGAGGGACAAGCGCGACGAUCCGUCGUGUUUCGCUCAACGCAGUCUCCACGGUGUGAUGGAUCGAGAGAACGCGAGCGCCAACGAAAGCGUGCGACGGAUACUCUGUUAUGUUCAGAUAAAUAACUCGCUUUGUUCGCCGCACACCUGCAAACGUGGUUACCCGCGUUACCCGUGAAAAGAGAUUUCGUGCCAGAGAAAAUCCUAGUGCAAACAAUUUUUCAGUGCGCCUUUUUUAUUUCCUUUUUUGUAAUAUCGUCCGAGUGCACGCCUACGUCGCGAGCCGUUAUGGCCUGCUGACAAUUGAGCGCCAGCUCGACCCGUACUAGUUGUUCCGGAAAUGAAAGUAUCGUUUCCAACGAGUCACCGAUACAGAAGAGUGCGCGAAACGCAUACUUUGCGAUAAAUCUUACGUUUAUUAAAAUAUUUGUCCAAGCUUUCUUCUAAUAUUAUUGUACGAUAUAGUCAUAACACUGUUUUGUUACCGUAUACUUUACGCCUGUAGAUAUAACACGUUUCUUUUUUUUUACCAAUUUAAGUCUUUACCGUUGAGUUGUAUCAUAUAAUCACAUAGUUGAUACGUACUUGUUCGUAUGUGCGUGCUUUUAUAGACUCGCUCGAUUGUUCAUUUUACAAAUUGGAGCAGUCAUCGAAAGUCGUUCAAUCUCAAUUAUCCCGGGCUUUUGUACAGCGAUGGAAUAACAUGAGUCUGCAAAAAAAUGCCUCGUCUCUCUUUUUUUGUGCACGAGGGACCUAAAAUAACCAAUCGAACGCGUAUCUAUUAACU